UAUAAUAAUAGAUUGAAAUGUGUUGUAGGUGCCAAAAUAUCAGAAUAAUUAUCGCAUGGAACCCCGGCAUCCGUUUAAAAUCGAUUUAGUCGAUAAAAUCGUGAAGUCGGUGAUGAACAAUCGUCUAGACGAAAUUUUAUACGACGAUGCGGAAGUUACGAAAUUGUGCGGCGACCUUGCAUCGGAGAUACGGCGACGUGUGAAGAAACUCAAUUUUGACAGACAUAAAAUUGUCGUCAUCGUCACGAUCAUCGAGAAAACUAGUCAGUCGUUUGAAACGACAGUAGGUUUCCUGUGGGACACCGAGAAGGAUAAUUACUCCGUUUUUUCCUUCGAAGGCCGGACUUUUCAUGCCGAGUGCUGUGUGUUCGGUCUCAACUACGAAUAAUAUUUUAUUGUUGAA